AUGUCCCACAAAAAGCGCUACCCCACGGUGAACGAGAUCGAAGUGAUCGGAGGGUACCUGUCCCUGGAGAGGUCCUGCAUGAGCAAGACGGGCUCGCGCCGCAAGAAGAUGAAGAUAUCUUUCAAUGAGACAAGUUUGCAGACCAUGUUUGAAUACCCGUCGGAGAGCUCACUGGCAGAAGAAGAGGAGGAGGAAGAGGAAGGACAUGCUUCUGAAACAGAGGAGGACAAGUCUUGCACCCUUUACAUUCCACGCGCAAAUAGCACUGUGCAUCCCAGUACCCCUAACUCGGAUUUAUCCAGCUACACCCCAAAGCACUCCGUGAAGUUCAGCGAGUGGCAGGAGCAGAAGUAUGAGGAGAUGCCUGCGGCAGAGGGACCCCUCCCAAAGGAAGUGGAUUCCCAUGGGACCCAAGUCAUGGCAGCACCGAGGUCCGACGCUGUGGGGCCGCUGAAGGAUGCCGAGCUGCGGGCAGCUCUGGACGUGCUGCGGUGUUACGACUUGCACUCGAUCGUGGAGGAGUGGUUCCUCGAGGUGCUGCAGACAGACCUUCAGGCAAACAUAGCUCCUGAGUUCUGGAACUGCAUCGGCCAGUAUGAAAACACGGCUGAGGAGCCCCAGUGCUCCUCACUCCUCCUGGACGCCUUUUGUCUUCUCAAGUGCCGCCUGGACCCCUACCUCAACAGCCUGGAGCUCCUGGGGAGGUGGACCAAGGCAGGCUUGCUCCUGGGGACAGGCGCUCAGACGCUGCAGGAGAAGGUCUACACCAUGUUCAAAGCUAUCCUUUUCUUCUCCACUACCAAGUCCUUCCAGGAGAUGAUCCAGCAGUUCUACAGCCGCACCUUCAGGAUAUACAUGCGGCAGUGGAAGAAAGGAGAAGAUGGAACGACCGAGUGCGAGAGCACCAUGAGUGAGACCGAGCAGGAGAGCGAUACGGAGGAGGGCGGAGGAGAGAGCCCGCUGUGCGCAGGCUGCAGCAGCAAGAGAGAGCAGUGCUGGUGCCCCAAAGCCAUGGAGCAGUUUCAGCAGCUCAGUGACAUUCUGUACGUAGGUGACGGGGCGGUGGCUGCCGCUCAGAACAAGCAGACGUGGAUUGAGAAGGUGAUUGGCUGGCUCAGCAGGGUUUUUCUGCAAGAGGGUCCCUUGGCGCGCUCCUCUCCGGAAGCUAGCAGCACCCUGAAGUGCUGGCGGUGCCACGUCCAGAGGUUCUUCUACCGCAUCUAUGCCAGCAUGCGCAUUGAAGAGCUCUUCAGCAUUAUUCGAGACUUCCCAGAGUCGAAGCCUGCUGUGGAGGACCUCAAGUUCUGCCUGGAAAGGACGAAUCAGAGGCAGCAGCUGCUCAGCUCCCUGAAAAGCGCUCUGGAAAUGCGACUUCUGCAUCCAGGAGUCAACACAUCUGACAUCAUCACUCUGUAUAUCUCCGCCAUCAAGGCCUUGCGGGAGCUUGACCCCUCCAUGGUUAUCCUGGAGGUCGCCUGCGAGCCCAUCCGGAAGUAUCUGAGGACUCGGGAAGACACGGUGCGGCAGAUCGUGGCCGGUCUCACAGGGGAUGCUGAGGGCUCCGGUGAUCUUGCAAACGAGCUCUCGAAAGCUGACCCGGUGACCCUGGAGAACGGGCAGGAGAGUGACGAUGACAUCUCGGAACCAGGGGACUGGGUUCCUGACCCGGUUGAUGCAGAUCCAGGAAAAUCAAGUUCCAAGCGUCGGUCCUCGGACAUCAUCAGCCUGCUGGUGAGCAUCUAUGGCAGCAAGGACCUGUUCAUCAACGAAUACCGCACGCUGCUGGCUGACCGGCUGCUACAUCAGUUCAACUACAGUGCAGAGAGGGAAAUCCGCAACGUGGAGCUGCUGAAGCUGCGGUUUGGUGAAGCUCAGAUGCACUAUUGUGAAGUCAUGUUAAAAGAUAUGGCUGACUCGCGGCGCAUUAAUGCCAACAUUCGUGACGAGGAAGAGAAGCUCCCGGAGGAGGAAAGGCCGCCGUUCAGCCUUGUCGCUGUUAUCCUGUCGAGUGAGUUCUGGCCACCGCUGAAAGAGGAGAAGCUGGAGCUUCCAGAGCAGGUCAAGGAAGCCAUGGAAGCCUAUUCCAAGAAGUAUGAGAAGUUAAAGGCCAUGAGGACCCUGAACUGGAAGUACCACCUGGGCCUGGUGAGCUUGGACGUGGAGCUGGCAGAUCGCACCCUCUCCCUCUCCGUCUCUCCUGUGCAUGCUGCCAUCAUCCUGCACUUCCAGACCAAGAGCACGUGGACGCUGACAGAGCUGAGUGAGGUGCUCAAGGUGCCCGUGACAUCGCUGAAGCGGAAGAUGACGUUGUGGCUGCAGCAGGGUGUCCUGCGUGAGGAGCCCCAAGGCACCUUCACCGUGAUUGAGGAGGAGCAGAAGGACCAGGUGGACAAGGUCGUUCUGAUAGACAGCGACGAGGAGGGUGACUCUGCCAUGGCGUCGCAGGCUGACCAGAAGGAGGAAGAGCUGCAGCUGUUCUGGACGUACAUCCAGGCGAUGCUGACCAACCUGGAGAGCCUGUCCUUGGAGAGGAUUCACAGCAUGCUGAAGAUGUUUGUGAUGACGGGCCCGGUGGUUACAGAAAUCGAUAUACAAGAGCUGCAGGGUUUCCUCCAGAAAAAGGUCCGGGACCAGCAACUCAUCUACUCCGGAGGUGUCUACCGCCUGCCCAAGAACUGCAACUAGGCUGCGAGCCUCCCGAGUGCCACCCAGCCCUCUGCGUCCUGCUGGGU